CCACGAAAAGUUUCCACCAUCUCUAUCAUCAUCGUCAACAACAAUGUCUUCCGACAUCCAGACAACAGAUCACGACCGUGCUAACACUAGGAAGAUGAGGUGUGUGUAACGACCGAGAACUGCACAUCUCAACCUCGGAGAACAAUUACCGUAAAGGACUAACCGAAAGAAGUAAUCGCAACAGUCCGAUCAGCAAGCGAGGCUGCAGCAACGGCAGACGUCUGACUGGGGUAAAUUACCGAUCACGACAGUCGUGGCCACUCGAUGAUAGCAAAAGCCUCGCCUCCACGGAGAGGCACGGUGGCGUGUUCAGGCAUCCCGACAACUCCAAGCAACAAUAACAGCCCAAAAGUUAGGGCUAAGCGCUGGUAAGAGGACCGAUACAACCGGUAUUGACCGAAGAUAUCAACAGCAAGGCAUACAGAUCUUGUUCGGAUCAUGGCGACCUCACGUUCAAACACAACCGUCAUCGUUGUCGGUGGCGGAGGCACCAUUGGGAGCUCAACUGCUCUUCAUCUUGUCCGCUCUGGCUAUACACCAUCAAAUAUCACAGUCCUCGACACAUACCCUAUUCCAUCAACACAAUCCGCUGGCAAUGACUUGAACAAGAUCAUGGGCGUUCGCCUGCAGAACCCAGUGGAUCUUCAGCUGAGUCUUGAAGCAAGGCAGAUGUGGAAGGAAGACGAUCUGUUCAAGAGCUUCUUCCACAACACCGGCAGGCUCGACUGUGCACAUGGCGAGAAAGGUAUCGCCGGCCUACAACAAGCCUACCAAGCCCUCCUAGACGCCAACGCCGGCCUCGAAAGAACAAAUUACUGGCUCGACUCCCCAGACGCCAUCCUCUCCAAAAUCCCCCUUCUAGACCGCUCCCAAAUCCAUGGCUGGAAAGCCAUCUUCAGCUCAGACGGCGGCUGGCUCGCCGCUGCCAAAGCCAUCAACGCGAUCGGCGAAUUCCUACUUAAAGCCGGCGUGAAAUUUAAUUUCGGUAGCGCCGGCUCAUUCGAGCAGCCCCUUCUAGCAGAGGGUACCUGCAUUGGCGUCGAAACAGUCGACGGCACGAAGUACUACGCCGACAAAGUCGUGCUCGCAGCUGGUGCAUGGAGUCCCGUUUUGGUUGAUCUGCAGGAGCAGUGUGUGUCUAAGGCGUGGGUGUAUGCGCAUAUGCAGCUCACACCCCAAGAAGCGGCGGAGUAUAAAGACUGUCCGGUUGUGUAUCAUGGCGACUACGGGUUCUUCUUUGAGCCGAAUGAGCAUGGCGUUAUCAAGGUGUGCGAUGAGUUUCCGGGCUUCACGCGCUUUAAGGAAUGCCAGCCGUUUGGUGCUGAUAAGCCGAAACGUGUUUCGGUGCCCAGAUCGAAGGCGAAACAUCCAACGGAUACGUAUCCUGAUGCGUCGGAAGUCAGUAUUCGGAAAGCUGUGGCUACCUUCUUGCCUAAGUUCAAGGAGAAGGAGUUGUUCAAUCGGAGCUUGUGCUGGUGUACUGAUACUGCGGAUGCUGCGUUGCUGAUCUGUGAGCAUCCGGAGUGGAAAAACUUCAUCCUGGCGACUGGGGAUAGUGGACAUUCGUUCAAGCUUCUGCCGAAUAUUGGCAAGCAUGUAGUCGAGUUGCUUGAAGGUACACUGGCGGAGGAUUUGGCGCAAGCGUGGAAGUGGCGGCCUGGGACCGGCGAUGCACUGAAGUCGAGGAGAGCGGCGCCAGCGAAGGAUCUAGCGGAUAUGCCUGGGUGGAAGCAUGAUGAGGCGGCGAGAGCAAAGCUUUAGUAGAAUAUUUGUGUAGGACUGCAGUCGGGUAUCGACCUACUCAAAAACCCAGUAAUCCCGAUCGUG